AUGCGGCCUCCAAUUCUACACAUUGUGUCUCGGGCCUUUCUGCUGUUGCUGCCCCUGGGUCUGUCUCAAGGAUUUGACUGGACGAAAGACCAUAGUGGAUCCUUCUAUUAUGGGACGUUCCCUCCUGGUUUCUCCUGGGGUGUGGGGAGUUCCGCUUACCAGACAGAAGGGGCUUGGGAUCAAGAUGGGAAAGGACUCAGUAUCUGGGAUGUUUUCACCCGAAUUAAAGGAAAAGUGCAUCUGAAUGAAACAGGAGAUUCAUCCUGUGAAAGCUAUUAUAAAUUCAAGGAGGAUAUUGCUCUGCUGAAGGAGUUGAAAGUCAAUCAUUAUCGUUUUUCUAUCUCCUGGCCUCGAAUUAUACCCACUGGGAUCAAAGCUGAGCGAGUCAAUGACAAAGGAAUCAUGCAUUAUAAUGAGCUAAUAAACACCCUCCUGGAGAGCAAGAUCCAGCCCAUAGCGACCCUGUACCAUGGGGAUCUUCCGCAGGCACUGCAAGAUAGAUAUGGAGGCUGGCAGAACAACAGUCUGAUCAGCUUCUUCAAUGAUUAUGCCAACUUGUGUUUUGAGAAGUUUGGUGACCGGGUAAAACACUGGAUUACUUUCAAUAACCCUUGGUCCACAGCUGUGGAGGGAUAUGAGGUGGGAGAGCAUGCACCAGGGUUAAAGCUGAAAGGAACAGGAGCUUACAGGGCAGCACAUAACAUCAUUAAGGCUCACGCAAAGGCUUGGCACGCAUAUGACAGGCUCUGGCGCAGUCACCAAAAAGGACUGGUGAGUAUUUCUAUCACAAGUGAAUGGGGAGAGCCAGUCGACAUUACAAGUCAAAAGGAUAUCGAGGCUGCUGAGCGAUACAUCCAGUUUUAUCUAGGCUGGUUUGCCAACCCUAUUUUCAAUGGGGACUACCCUCAAGUUAUGAAAGACUGCAUUGGUAGAAAGAGCUCGCAGGAAGGCCUGGGUAGCUCCAGGUUGCCUGCUUUCACUCCACAAGAGAAACACUUCAUCAAAGGCACAGCUGACUUCUUUGGGCUGGGUCACUUCACAACACGCUACAUCACUCACAGGAACUACCAUUACAGCAAGGGACCAAGUUAUUACACAGACCGGGACUUGGCAGAACUUGUUGACCCACGGUGGCCAGACCCAGGUUCAGAGUGGCUAUACUCUGUACCUUGGGGUUUCAGGAGGAUUCUGAAUUAUAUCAAGAGUCGCUAUGGAAACCCUAGAAUUUAUGUGACAGAAAAUGGAGUAUCUGAAAAACACCUGUGUACUGAGCUGUGUGACAAGUGGCGAAUGCAAUAUAUGAAUAAUUACGUUAACGAGAUUCUUAAAGCUGUUAAGGAUGGUGUUAAAGUCAAGGGAUACACAUCCUGGUCACUGCUGGAUAAGUUUGAAUGGGAUGAAGGAUAUUCAGAAAGAUUUGGGCUAUACUACAUCGAUUUUAAAAGCAAGAGCAAGAGGAGGUAUCCCAAAGCCUCAGUUCAAUACUACAGGAAGAUGAUCAGCUCAAAUGGAUUUCCCAACCAGAGAGAAAUUGAGAGUUGGAAACGCAAGGCUGCAGAGACUUGUUCCACCACCAAUGCACUGCUUACUGCAGUUAGCCAAUCCUCUACCCAUCCUAAUAUACUACGCUUAACUCAUGAUCCUCUUGUCAAUCAUAUGGAGAUGGUGACUGAGAUAGUUGUCCCGACCGUGUGUACCCUUUGCAUACUGCUCAGCGCUAUAUUACUGAUGUUCCUACUUCGGAGGCAGUAAAAAAACCCAGAUUGCUGUUGUGAGAAUACAAUGCUAAAUGUACAACAAAAAUAGAUGACUAGCUACUUCAGCAAGUUUGUUAAAUUAUGACAGUGUUCAAACAACCAAGUUGAUACUUGUCUAUUGUCACUUCUAAAGACCUGAUGGCUUUAUUACUAAUGAACAAGAUGACCCAUCACUGGAAUGGUAAAACUGCAAUAUAAACAAACUCAUCAACCAAACUCCCGAUUCAAAUUCCAUGGCUGAGGUGAAGGAGUUCGCAACAUGAUAAAGUGAUUCCACUUCCAAUAUUUUCUUCCCCAAUGGGCUUGGUGCCCAAUCCAGGUCUAUAUUAUCAAGGUUUCA